GAACCCUCCAUGUGUCCCUGGACAAAGUGCAGCCCCUGUACCAGGCAGCCGACCUCCUCCAACUGGACUAUGUGAGAGACACCUGCAGCAGCUACAUGGCCAUGAACGUGGAGCGCUCCACCUGUGUGGUCCUGUACAAAUUUGCUGAUGUCUUCUCUCUGGACAUUGUCCGGAAACGUUGCAUGCGGUCUAUCCAACGUCAUUUUGCCAAGGUUGCCUCCAGUGAGGAGUUCUGCAGCGUGAGUGUAAAUCAGCUGACUGAGAUCAUCAGCCAUGAUGAGCUGGAUGUUAAAGAGGAGACAACAGUGUGGGAGGCUGUGGUGAGAUGGGUGCAGCACAGCAGGGAGGACAGACUGCACCACCUACCCAGCAUCCUCCCUCACAUCCGCUUCAACCUGCUGACCUCAGACGACACGGCAGCCAUCUUGAAACACCCCCUGGUCAGGGAGAAUCCUGGGAGUAGUUCUGGAGUUGUUAGGAAUGUGGCACAGAAAGGAAACUCCAGCGUGAACCUCCGGCAGGGAAUGGAGACCAUGGAAAUGGUUCUGCUGUCCACUGAAGAGAGAGACGAGCUUGUCUUCAUGAACCCACGGGAAGGGAAGUACAUCAGCUGCAACUACGUUCCCGGAGACCUUCACUAUGGCAGGGUCAUGACAGUCACCAGUGAUAAUGACAUUUACCUACUGAGUAGAGAGGGAGACGUGGGCAUUGAUCGGUCUCAUGUUCAAGUAAACCAUGCAGAAAAUGGGAUGGAGCGUAGCGCCUCGGCACACAGAUCUCCAGGUGGUUCUGUCGCUGGUGGCCUUCCAGGCUGCGGCGAUGGUGAGGCCGGCAGACUGCUGCAGGUCGUUGGCCAGUUGAUCGAGCCAAGUACGCCUGGGUCGUCCUCUGGGGCGGGACCAGGUACUGGGGUUUGGUUCUCUCAGCAGGACGACAGGUUCGGGAGCAGGUUCUGCCCGAGCAAGGUGGCCAAAGAGGCGAAGACGGGCAGAGCGGAUCUUUUGGGAAAGUGGUGGCUGGUUGGUGAUGCUACGCAGGGUGGCAUUGGAGACUCAAACUGGUGUUUUAAAAUUCAACAACGCUAA